UGUAUGGAGUAUGCAACAGAUCGCUGACGAAUGCCAAAACUUAGCGGUUUCUGUAUAAUUAUAACUGGGUUUUGUGUGUCUUUUCAAAAUCUUUCGAUUUCAGAAGAAUGAGAUUGCGUGAACACUUUGUGUGAAGUGAAGAUGAUAAACUACUAAAAGCUGGAAAUACCUGACAAGAUUGUUUUUCAACUGUGUGGAAAGAGAAUGGUUGGGAUGCCAAACAGCCGUAAGAUUCACAAGAUGAGCCUCACUGGAAAGAAACCAAUCACGUGCACUCAAUGUGGGAAGAGUUUCACACAUGCAUCGAACCUUGAUAAACACAUGAGGAUUCACACUGGAGAGAAACCGUUCACAUGCACUCAAUGUGGGAAGAGUUUCAGAAUGUUAUCACGGCUAAAUCGACACCUGAUUAUCCACACCGGAGAGAGACCUUUCCCGUGCACCCAGUGUUAUAAGAGUUUCGCACAUUCAGCAAACCUUAAUAAACACAUGAAGAUUCACACUGGAGAGAAACCAAUCACAUGCACUCAAUGUGGGAAGGGUUUCAGAAUAUUAUCACAACUUAAUCUACACAUGAGGAGCCACACUGGAGAGAAACCGUUCACAUGUAGCCAGUGCGACAAGCGUUUCGCGCAUCUGUCAAACCUUGAUAAACACAUGAGGAUUCACACUGGAGAGAAACCAUUCGCAUGCACUCAAUGUGGGAAGAGUUUCAGACAGCUAUCACACAUUAAUGUACACAUGCGGAUUCACACUGGAGAGAAACCGUUCAUAUGUACCCAGUGUGGUACGGGUUUUACACACCCCUCAUCGCUGAGUAAACACAUGAUGACCCACAGUGGAGAGAAAACACACACAUGUGAUCAAUGCGGUAAAACAUUUGCAAGGGGUACAGUUCUGAAGAUCCAUCUACGAAUUCAUACGAAGGAGAAACCUUAUUCAUGCUCUGUGUGUGGAAAGAGUUUCACAGCGCUGUCAGGGUUUAGGCAUCAUCAGAAGAUCCACACUGGUGUACGAGAGUAUUACUGCUUUGAGUGUAAGAAGACUUUUAUUACAGCUGAACAUCUGAAACGGCACCAAAGGAUUCACACUGGAGAGAGACCGUACAAGUGUUCGCACUGCGAGACGAGAUUCAGAGAGUCGGGAGAUCUGAAAAAACAUGAGAGGAUUCACACUGGAGAGAGACCGUACAAGUGUUCGCACUGCGACAAGAGAUUCAAACAGUUACAAUCCCUGAGACCACAUGAGAGGACUCACACCAGCGAGAAACCGUACAAGUGUUCGCACUGCGAGACGAGAUUCAGAGAGUCGGGAGAUCUGAAAAAACAUGAGAGGAUUCACACUGGAGAGAGACCGUACAGGUGUUCACACUGCGGCAAGAGAUUCACUCGAUCAGGACAUCUGAAAGCACAUGAGAGUGUUCACACUGGAGAGAAGCCAUACGCGUGUUCACACUGCAAGAAGAGAUUCAGUCGGAAAGAAUACCUGAAAGUACAUCAGAGGAUUCACUGAGCAGUUUGCUAGUCAAUAACUUGUGGUGUGAUGAGACGCUUGCUCCACGAGAACGAGACAAGAUUUUUCACACAAUUUUAAGGAAAUCUUCAAUAAUGAAUGGAAAAUAAUCUUUUCAAGAGUUCACACUUAGCUGAUAAUUGAUUAUAAAGCAUGGCAUGCUGUCCCAGGAGAGAGCCCGGAGCUCAUAAGAUUCUUGAUCCUGUUGUAGGGAGAGAGGAGAGUUUGAGCUCAGGUGAGUCUCGAGAACUGCUUGUUUAUGGCUAGACAUUGCUAUGAAGAGAUAUACUGCUGAUCUGUGGUGCCAAUUUGGUUUAGUCAAUUCACUUAUGUCGCAUGUCUUUGGACGGUGGGAGGAAACCAGGGAACACCCAUGUGAGCACGGCCAGUAUAACAUUCUGACGGUAUGAUAACCUUGGAUAAAUAUAUUAUGGUUUCACGGUAACUUGAGUUUCGUUGUAAGACGAGACAAUGUUUGUUUAAGAUGAAGUGUUUUAAAAUGCCUAUUUAGCAAAAUAAAGGUUACAAA